AAGCAUUAAUAAACAAAAUUAGAACAUCAACAUAAUCAAUUUUGUCCUAAAGUAGUUCAGGACUUUUCUUCUUCAAGCACUAUAUUUUCUUUGACAUUUUGAAUUUUCACUUACUACAUCUACAAGGCACACUCAUAAAGUUUCAGUACACAAACCAGAAAGACUGAGAAAAAGAGUGUAGAAGUGGAGAUCCAGGAGCUUGGAACUGAGAACUUGUUGGAGGAUACAGUUUUUCAGCAGGAAAAGAAAAAGAGAUCUCAUGGGUUCUUCUGUUCAACAUCAAAUCCAACACAUAAUUAACAUCCCAGAAGAGAUUGAGCCUGCAUUGUGGCCUGAAUGUUGUAUCUACAAGGUACCUUCUAGUCUUUUGAAGGUGAAAAAAGUGGCCUACACUCCUCUAAUGGUCUCAAUUGGCCCUGUGCACCACAAGAAAAAAGAACUAAAGGAAAUGCAAGUGGACAAACAAAGAUAUUUUCACUUCUUCAGGGAACGCCUAGAAAGCGAGCUUAAUUUAGUGCAGUACAAAUCCUUCCUUGAACAAGAAGAGCCAAAACUACGCAAGUGUUACCAAAAGAAAUUCUCUUAUAUCAGCAAGGAGCAAUUUGUGGAGUUGAUACUGUUGGAUGCUGUAUUCAUCAUGGAGCUGUUUCUAAGAGAAGACAAAAAAUGGGAAUAUAGGGAUGACUAUCUAAUGACUCAAGGAUGUGUCAGCAAAAGUAUCCAGUGUGACUUGAUGCUGCUUGAGAAUCAGCUUCCAAUGAUAGUGUUGGAAAAACUAUAUGAUAAAGUUGUCCCUAGCAGUGUCAAAACGCAUACCAGAUUUAUUAAGCUUGCUCAAAAAUACUUUAGAUCUUAUUAUCCUCAUCAGAAAUCUUCAGAAAACAAGUUUGAGUUACGUAAGUGGGAGAAAUCACUACAUUUCACUGAUCUAAUUAGAAAUUCCUAUCUCCCUAACGAACUGAGAAGCCAGACAGACCAUUCUCAAAAGGAGUGUGUGCUAAGGACUGCAACAAAGUUGAAUGAGGCUGGGAUCAGCUUUGAGAAGGUUAAUGAUAGAUGCUUACUUGACAUAAAGUUUAAGAAGAAGCGAUUCUUCAGCUGGUUUCUUUGCUUGGGUUGCUUGCCAUGCUGCAAGUUGUUCAAAGCCACGUUUCAAAUACCCCAAUUAAAAGUGGACCACACAACAGAAUGUGUUCUUAGGAACCUAGUAGCCUUUGAGCAGUGUCACUAUCCUGAGGAGCCUUACAUUUGCAACUAUGUUUCUCUAAUUGACUCUCUUAUUCACACCAAAGAUGAUGCAGAGUUGCUUGUUGAGAAAGAAGCUAUUGUCCAUGAACUAGGGAGUGAUAAGGAGUUAGCAACUUUGGUUAAUGGUCUUUGCAAACAUGUGGUGACAAAUUCAACAUGCUACCACCAAAUCAUGGAAGACGUUAAUAAUCACUACAACAAUGAUUGGAAAUGGGCUAUGGGCACGUUAAGGUGGGUUUACUUUCGUGACCCUUGGAGAACCAGUUCUACUAUAGUGGGAGUUGCUGUCCUAAUAUUCACUAUCUUCAACUUUUACCGUGUUAUUGAUCUACUCUUUAGUUAACUCAAAAAUCAUAUAUUGAUCCACCCAUUCUGUAUCAAAUUAUUGUGCCAUAACCCUUCCAUUUCCCAUUUACUUGUACUAGAACUACCUUGUUUAUUAUAGAACAAAUAUGGAUUAAUAAUAGUUGCACAUGUGUG